CCCUGUUCAUAUUUGACUCGGCGCUUGUCAUUGAACACCGACAGACUCACUCAGCACGGGAAAGAAAGUCCACACAUUACGAUCGACAUUAAAAGACACUUGCCAUCAUUUGCUGUGCUCUUAUUGGCUCUUCAUUAGAUGAUCAUUGUCUUGCAAUAACACUGCAGGACUGUGUUCCAAAAAUCCUGACACCGGCAGAACGCUGUUGGUCAUCACAGAGGGCACCCAACCCUCUGCGGAAAACUAAGUAAAACGUUUCGCCGGAACGAAAACACAGAACUCCGCUAGAUAGAGCAAGAUACACAAAGUGAAAAGAGAGCAAGCGAUGCUGUAUGAAGCUGUGUGAUGGAGGAAUAGCUGAAGAGGAACCGAAGUGAUAAGACUAGAAGAAAGAAUGAAGACCGAUGGGAAGCGAACACUUCUUCGCACCAGUUAUCAUUUGAAUUAGUGCAUCACAAUCAGGCAACAUGGUUGACAGGCGACUGCUCCUAUUGAUCUUCCUCUGUCUUGUAGGAGGAGCGAGUGUCACUAAGAUUGUUCGGAGGAGGGGAGUGAGUUCAGUUCACGUCCAGUUGCAUGGGGCAACUGACCCGUGGGAUGCAAGUUUGGAGAGGAAUGGAAAUACAAUGACGAGACUCAAAGAACUGAUCGCUCCUGAGAACGUUGAAGAGCAAAUUACAGCUCACCAGAGCCUUGCGGCUUCUGCCUUCAAGGAAAAUUUUAUUGAGUUUAACACUAAACCACCGGUGCAAACACAUGAAAACUCUGAUCAAGCGGAUGUAAAACUGCAAGCCGUAGACGGCUCUAAAGAUCUGUUAGAGCUGAAAAGGACCAGAAAUAACACAAGGAGAAGUGAUGUUCUUUCUAAAAAUGGACAAACUGAUAAAUGGGUCCCAAUGCAUCACAAGGCAGCCUCUAGCUUGCGCUUUAACAGAACCAGAUUUAGAAAUCCUUCAAGAUCCAGAAUGAGUUUGAAUUCGGCCAUUCACACUACAGCGGGUACAAAGGUAGUCACUCCAGAUUCACCUCGGAAAUUGAACCUGACUGGAAGCUACGGUGUAUUAAAACUAAUAUCUAAAGACAACCUUGUGCGGAUUGUAAAUUCCCAGCUUCAGAGUGUGCCGGGUCUUAGUAUUCCAAGCAAAAUAAGUCACAGUAAGAAAAGGGAUUUGAUCAACAUGGAUCACACCCAAAUGGAUGCAGUCAAAAUGAAGAAGCAAGAACUUUAUAACUCAGAUAACCAGACCCUUACAAAUUCCAGUCUCAAUCCAGAUCAAACUCUUCACACUCUCUGGAGGCCACAUAACGGAUUCAAUGUGGAUGUAGGCGAGGGGGAUCUAAAAACUGAGAUAAGAGGUGCAGGAGGCACUGCUUCGUGGAAGUACAAACACUUCACGACUCACAUAGCAUCAACUCUCCAAAGUGAGGUCAUGUCCAGCACAGAGACAAAUCCACUUCCUGGUCAGAGUGACGCUCCAACAGCGUUGCAUAUCGGCAUAUCGCACACUUCUUCUCAUAUGGACUCGGGACAUCUGUCUGGCGACACUUUAAGCUCUCUAACAGAGAGGACUCUUGAAGUUAAAAGGGAAUUGGAUCAGAGUGCUCACAUCCCUUUCAGUGUCACUCAGAAUCCACUGUUUAAAAUUUCAGAACCUGUUGAAAGCAGCCAUAUCCUAAAACUACCCACAGAUCCACAAUGGAGAAGAACGGGUUCAGAGGAGAGUGAAGGAUUGACUGUGGACUCUCGCCCUGGGAAAGGUGGACAUGGCCUUGUAUUCCAGGAAAUGGAUGAGAAUGAAGAUGAGGAGCAAAACCAACAGAAGCCUGAGACCUUGCGAUCUAGAAGAAGACGAAGCUGGAUCUGGAACCAGUUCUUUGUCAUCGAGGAGUAUGCCGGCCCUGAACCCGUGCUCAUCGGAAGGCUUCACACCGACAUGGACAGAGGUGAUGGACGUACUAAGUACGUGCUGCGGGGAGAGGGGGCGGGGUCAGUUUUCGUGAUUGACGACAAGACAGGCAACAUCCAUGUCACCAAGCCCUUGGACAGGGAGGAGAAGGACGAAUACCGGCUGAUUGCCACGGCAACAGACAGUCAGACAGAGCGUGCCCUGGAGCCUUCCUCCCAGUUCAUCAUUAGAGUGCAAGAUAUCAACGACAACCCACCUGUCUUUGAGGACGGACCCUACAGUGCAACAGUCCCCGAGAUGGCAAACAUAGGGACCUCCAUAAUCCAGGUGACGGCUUCAGAUGCAGACGAUCCUACGUAUGGAAACAGCGCGCGGCUGGUGUACACACUGGUUCAAGGGCAGCCGCACUUCUCUGUGGAUCCCCAGACAGGCAUCCUACGUACUGCUGUACCUGAUCUGGACAGGGAAGCACAAGAUCAGUAUUUGGUGGUUCUACAGGCUAAAGACAUGGGCGGCCAUCUUGGAGGCCUGUCAGGAACAACGACGGUCACUGUGCGACUGACAGACGUCAAUGACAACCCACCGCAUUUCACACAAAGUUCCUGGCUGUUCUCUGUGUCGGAGUUGGCCGUGCCAGGGGCGGAGCUGGGCCGGAUCUCGGCAACAGAUGCUGAUUUGGGAGACAAUGCCAAGCUGGAGUAUACCAUCCUGGAUGGAGAGUCAGGGGACACAUUUAACAUCACCGGAGCGAACCAAGAAGCUGUGAUCGUUCUGAACAAGGCGGUGGACUAUGAGAGCCGUAGCUCCUACUCUUUCUCAGUGGAGGUUUUGAACCCCAUCGUUGACCCUCGAUUCCUGCGGCGUGGACCCUUUAAAGACCGUGCUUCCAUCAGAGUGGCUGUGCUGGAUGCAGAUGAGCCCCCUCGGUUCUCGAGGGCACGUUACAGAAUGGACGUGUCAGAGAACUGCCCGCCGGCGUGCCCAGUGGGGCGGGUCAGUGCUGUGGACCCAGAUACGGGGCUCACAAACAAUAUCAGGUUCUCAAUUGAUCCUCAGUCCGACCCGGAGGCUCUUUUCCGCAUCACUCCGGACUCUGGGCUCAUCACUACGGCGACACAGCUGGACCGCGAGCAUGAGCAGUGGCAUAAUAUCACCAUCAUUGCCACACAGAGAGAUAACCCCAGUCAGGUGUCCAGAGUGGUGGUUGCCAUAGAAACACUGGAUCUAAAUGACAACGCUCCAGAGCUGGACAGACAGUACAACACAGCGAUGUGUGACUCCGCCUCUGCUGGACAGGUGGUUCAGGUGUUGCGGGCGAUUGAUAGAGACGAGGGAGGAAAUGACAGUGCCGUCCAUUUCAACAUCCCUCCGGACUCCAGUGUUGCCCUCAACUUUAGCAUCAGGGAAAGCGGAGGCCCCACUGCUAGUUUGGUGUUGACGUCACCUUUGCAGACCCUGUCUCGCUCUGCAUACUCCUCUCUCACCCUUUACGUCCCUUUGGUUUUGAGAGACGGGGUCUCCGGUUUGACCAGUACGGGGACGGUCACUGUGUCAGUGUGUCCAUGUCUGAGAGGGGGUGCACGGGCUGGAGAAAAAGAAAAACAAAGUGAGGGGGAGUGGGACAGAGAGACGGUUUGUUUGCCCCAGCACUCCUCCCUGCCCUCUCCUGGACUCAGUACUGCCGCCCUGCUGGCGAUUCUAGCCUGUGUUGCUACUCUCUUGGCUGUCAGCGCUUUAUCUCUGUCCCUGCGCCGACAGAAAAGAGACUCUCUUUCGCCAUUAGAAGAGGAUGAUGUAAGAGAAAACAUCAUCACGUAUGAUGAUGAAGGAGGGGGCGAGGCGGACACGGCUGCGUUUGACAUCACAGCGCUGCAGAGUGCCCCACAUAAUGCACGCAGGGGGUAUCGCACCCUGGACAGCAGGAACAUACGUUAUUCACAUCACACCCAAGACAAAGCUCGUGCAUACAGCAACUGGGUUCAAGCUGGAGCGCUGGACCCCGGGCAGUACAACAAUCAAGGACCUCCUCUGUAUGGACGGCUAUGCUACAGCAGCCAGACCCUCCCCGUGCUGCGUCGUUCACAUGAACGUGGAUUGUCGGAGCUCGCUUACCACUUCCCCGGAGGUCAACCAGACCACUCUCUCGUCAUACAGAACCAGACAGCUGUGGUUGGGCCUCUGGAUCCUGGAGCCAUUUAUGCCGCCCCGGCAGAAGCCGGUCAUUGCUCUAAAGAAGGGCCAGGGGUACUACAAGAAGGAGCAAAUACAUCUGAAGGUGGAACACCAAGAAAAAACGACUUGAAAGAGGAAUUGAGCAGUGACACCCCGCAGAGUCAGAGUCAAGGCCAGGAUCUGGACUGGGUCCAGGCGGACAUGGCCCCCCGUGAACGAGAGUUGGUGUUGACCAGAUCCGGAUCGGUUGCUGGGACAGGCCCAGCGGGUGGGUGGAUGUGUGACUCCACCACGCUUCCGAGAGUUGGGCGGCACCCCUCGCGGCCCAGUCUCGCACUAAACAGGAGCGGUACUGCAGAGUCCAGCCAUGCUGGGGGUGUGGACGCCGCCAACGGAAGCACGGAAAUGCAGUCCGUCAGCGGCAAUUACGCCACUAUCCUGCAGGGGGAGCAGCAGAGGGACUACCCAGGGACUCUGGGCCGGAAAGGGCUGGAGAUGGGGAGGGGUUUUGUUGUGGGGAGGCCCGAGAGAGAAGGAAGCAUUCCCAUGAGUGGGAGCACAUGUGCUGGGAUGUACCCAGAAGGUGGAGGGUUCAUGGGAGACUGGCAUGAACGGUUGGGUAUGACGGGAUACCCACUGGGCAGGAGGGAUAUGACUCCCCACCUUCUUCCUUACCCCGGGCAGGGGCGGGGAGCAUUCGGGGGUAUCCUGGGUUAUGGUGGAGCUUGGCCCUCAGCACUUGAUGCGUCGGGACGGGGUGCCCCCGUGGGAGGGGCUCACUCUCUGGCCCUCAGGGUCGGCGAGUUCCUGCGUCUACGACUGGCACAGGUCACCUUUGACCCCUCGCAGCCUCCCUACGACUCGGUGCAGGUGUACGGGCUGGAGGGUACAGGGUCACGUGCAGGGUCGCUAAGCUCUCUGGACAGCGAGGGAGGGAAGGAGGCAGAGAAGGAGGUUUGGGGAGCGGGGCUAGAAGAUUGGGGCCCACAGUUCCAGAAACUAGCCCAGCUUUUCAGAGACAAAGAGAAGGACGGCGAAGAAGAUAAAGAGGGAGAUGCAGAAUCAAGCAAAAAGCACAAAGAGAGAGAACGGGAGGAGAAAGAGGAGCAGUCUGGAGAUGAGGAGCAGGCGAAUGUCUGAGAAAAAUAGAGCGAGAGAGAUGGAGAGAGAGAGGCUGGGGUGGGACAGUGAUUAAAAGGCAACGAGAGCUAGAGUAAUGGAAAGAGAAAGGUAAGGAGGAAGAGAUGAAGUGGAAAGGUAAUAAGGGAAGACAGGGAAAAAUGAAUGUAGGAUAGGGAGAGAGAGAAGAAGGGAUUGGAGCGAGUGAUUGAUGUAAUUUGAAGCAAUAAGUGUUGAAAAGCUGAAUGGUGAGUAGAGAGACACUCAGAGAGCUUGUGUGUCUUUGUUCAGCAUUUAACAUUCCUCAAGUGUGUUUGGCAAAGUAAAAAGCAACGUUAACUGUAUUCUAGAUGGCAUUUAAUUACGAGAGCGAGCGAGAGAAAGAGAGAGAGUUUAACUUGUAUUUUUGUGGCAAGACAAUGUCACAACUGUCAGUAUGAAAAGAUGAGAAGUUCUGAAACUUCCUCAGGUGUUCCAAAACUUCUCACAGGAAAUUAAUGUUUGUACAGAAAUUGUUAAUACAUUCACAAAGCAAAAGAACUGAAUUAUUCAGUCUAUUUCAUUUCAAAAGAAAAGCGCUGAACAUUACAGUACAGUCCUGAAUACGUGUUUGCACAAAGAUUCUCUGUGUUUACACGAAAACAAACAUCAAUUUCAAACCCUGCUUGAAAGCUCUGCUUGGACUUUUUAAUGUGGCUUGUUUGUCAGGGUGCAAUAUGAUUCACACGUUUUAGCAAGAACAGAUUGUUUAGAAAGUUGCAAAAAGAUCACAAAAUUACAACACAUUGUUAAUAUUGUGCAACACGAAUACAUUGAGAGAUCUGGUCUGAAAACCCAUGUCAAAGGUUAUGACGAUCUGCAACAGCUGACAGAUGUGCUUCAGCUUCAGUGCACUUUUAUACAUGAUGUUUAAAAAUACAUAAAAUGUUAUUGAGAAAAAAAAAAAUACAUGAAAAUUGUUAUAUGUAAAUGCACUUAAAUGUAAAUAUUACUGAAUGCCAUUGUGACAAGUGACAACCGUACUGUAGUCUUCAAGUAACAAUACAAAAACAUAAACUAAAUGAACAGAAAUGAAGGGGAACAUUAUAUAGAAUACUGCAUUGAGAGGACCCGAUGCCACUGGAUGUAACUGGAAGACUCUGGACAAAAAUGUUGGAUUUAAACGUGCUCUUCUCAAAAAGGGACAGUUAACGGAAUUAAAUAUGAAAGAAGACCUGAAUAACUAAAUGUGUAACUGCUCCGAAUUCCUGUAAAAAGUCAUUUUUCCAUUCCUCAUUCUGGGUUGAGCACACGCUCUCACACCCCGAUGUCCCGAUUAAUCAAACUAUCUGUGGCCACAAGGAUUCGGACUCACUGUGACUGGACUAAACCAGAACAACUGUAUCAUGCUCAACCAUGCACACAGGUCGAGAGAUAAUUAAUACAGGGGGCUUCACCCAAUUCAGACCCAACAAAUGUCAUGCUUGAUCAAAUAUAGGGCUUUUCACAUUCACACGUAACCCUGGGUUUUCUUCUUGGGCUAACCCACUUUUUCAGAAAGAUAGAAGCAAACAUAUUGGUACGCCCCCUUCUAAUGAGAUCUUAGUCAUUUGCAUUAGCACAAAUCUUAAAGCAACAGCAUAUUCUAGAGAAUUCCAUGCUUUUAAUAUUACAGCCAUUUUAUGGGCAGGCCCUUUUCUAUUCUAAAGUGACAAUGCCCCUGAGCACAAAGCACAGGAAGAACUUGAUUGGUCUGCAUAAAUCUCACACAUGAACUGAAACCCAUCAAUGACUUGUACACAGGGGUACAGUCAUUUCAGAACAGAAAAAGGCUCUUCCAAAACUUUUGCAACAAAGAUAGAAGCAAAAUUCUUUAUUAUGCCAUAGAUGCUAUUUUGUAUGCUCUUUUGUCCAUAUAGUGCAGUUUAAUCCUGGGUUAGGAAACCCUUAGGGUUAGCACUGCUUUUGGUAUACAGAAAGAACAUGGUGCUAGAAUGUUAAAGUGCAUUGUUUAGCAAUGAACAGCUAUCAUAAACUUUCUUGGCGCUUACCUCAUUCAGGUUCCAUACACACAUGCUUGUUUUGGGAUCUAAGAGAAAUGUUGAAAGGUGAUUUACAGUAAAUCUAUUGAUGUUUUUUAUGGCUAUUUAAAGGAACAUUUCAUCCAAAAAUGAAAAUUCUGUCUUCAUUUACUCACCUUCAAGUUGUUCCAAAUCUGUAUAACACCGUGUGAGGACGCGGCGCGAUACAACACGACAAUUGAACGCAUUAGAAGCCUUAAUAAUUUUAAAUCCCUUUAGAACAAGUCGUGUGUCAUGUCGCGUCCGGUGUAGACACAGUGUACAUUUCUUUGUUCUGACGAACACAGAGAAAGAUUUCAGGAAAAUGCUUGUAACCAAACAAUUAUUGGCUGACUACCAUAGAUUUGGAAUUUACAUUUACAUUUAGUCAUUUGGCAGACGCUUUUAUCCAAAGCGACUUACAGUGCACUUAUUACAGGGACAAUCCCCCUGGAGCAGCAUGGAGUAAAGUGUCUUCCUCAGGGACACACUGGUGGUGGAUGCUGGGAUUGAACCAGCAACCUUUUGAUUUAUCAGUUCAGUGGUUUAACCCACUAGACCACCAUCUCCAUAACUUGUGGGAGAGUAAAUGAGUUAAUAAUUUUCAUUGUCCUUUUAUCCGAGUAAUAACAACAUUUCUUGGUCACCAUUGACUACCAAAGAACAAUUUGCUUUAUACAUUUCUUUGUUCUGUAAGAUACAAAGAAGAUAUUUUGAAGAAUGCAGGAAAGCAAACAGUUCUGAGGCAUGUUAGGCAUUCUACCAUGGUAGUCAAUGGUGGCCAAGAAUUGUUUGGUUACAAGUAUUAUUCCGAAUAUCUUUCUCUGUGUUCAUCAAAAUAAAAACAUUUAUACAUAUUUGGAAAAUCAGUCGUAUGAAUUUUCAGUCUGUGUGUAAUAUCAAGAGAUGAUCACAUGUUUAUUAACACUGGUCAGGGUGCACUAUACUUUACAUCAUUGUUUUUGACCUCAUUAAACUGCUAAACAAAUUGUUAACCCAGGAUUAACGAAUGUACAAUGUGAAACUAGGAAGCCUGAAUACCCAAGAUUAAUUUAACCUUGAAAGUCGUAACCGUGUAGCAUAGAACAAGAUAACCCAGGAUUACGUUGAUCCAGAGUUAGAAAUGACCCUGGUUCAACAGUUUCAAGUGUGAAAAGCUUUUGGGGUCUUAAAUUAAAUAUGAGAUAUGUCUGUUUUAUUGUAUGGUAAAACGUGUAACAAAUAAAGUCCCCCACACAAAACUGUUUCUCUUUGUGGAACAAUAAAAAAAUGCCUCUUUUCAUUCCAUGGGUUUAUCAGGUGUUUAGGUCAGUUGUAAAUUGGGUGUGGAACUUCUGCAUUCAUCCUUGUUUCUACCUUCUUCUCAGACUGCUGUGUUCCAGUCCCAAGUGGGGGUCAGUUGGUACGGAAGAUUUCACAAUGGCGUAUACUAAAUCAAAUGUAUUUAUUAUGUUGUAUUUUUUCUUUUUUGUAAAUUUAAAUAAAGACAGUAUGUUUUGAGGUGGUGUGUGCGCGA